UUUGAUGGCGUUCUGUCUGUCGGCCAAGACUGUUACUUUGUGGAGCACGUGCCGUUCCGGGUACUGACAGUUGACGGAUACGAUGACUUUGAGACAACCGAUAUUGGGAGUCAGCUUUGCGUACAAUCUUUGCGUGGCGCUUACCACAACGUGUGGUACAAGCUUGGAACUCCGGGCAAGGAAUACGAGCGUUUCUAUAAGCCCUUCCUUUGGGUAGCGCGCUUCACAAAGCAUGCCAUUCAAUACAUGCUGGCCACAGAGCGCGUAACGCUGCGUCAAUUUCGAGCUUCCUUCUACGACUGGCUGCAUAAGACUUAUCCUGAAGACGCUUCGCUACGGGUGUGGUUGGGCCAGAGCAAGACGAGAGACUUCGCCGUCCAUUUCGUGGCAUAUGCCGACUUCUUGUGGAAAGAGAGCCAUGGAGUGCAACAGCCUAGCGACGACAUCAAGAUCUGCAAACAUCAGAUCUGGCGCGAAAGCUUACCAUAUCCAGAUUUGCUCAAAGCCAUUCCGAGGCAGCCGCCCAAGCAGAAAGGCGACGCGAAGACUGUCGUAACGCCAUUUGCUUAUGAGAGCUUCAGUCAUAUGUACUUUGCUGAUAAGAUCCUCGAGACAUCGGUCACUGAGCCUGGCCUCCUCUCGCGGAUUCACGAACUCAAAGCUCGACGUGGCUUGACACCCUGGUUUUCACGAUCGCCGUCGAGCCUAACGCCAAUCAGUGCGGCCUCUGACCAGAUCAAAGCUCGUGGCAGGAUUGCGGUCGGAGACAUCGUUGCUGUGCCAGCAGAGGAUGAUGGUCGUUGGAAGUCCAGCGCAGAGACUUGGUAUGCAUAUGUUCAAAGAGUCUGGAAGCAGAAAAAUGAACAAACACGCCUAGACGUCAUCUGGCUUUACCAUCCUCAAGACACGACGAUUGGCAAAGCUCAAUACAUGUUCCCUAACGAGCUUUUCUUUAGCGACAAUUGCGGCUGUGGUGUGAAGGAAGCGUUGCAUCUAGAAGAAGUCACUCACAAAGUCGACGUCGCCUGGAACCCUCUCGAUCCGGGUACGCAGGAAGGGCUUUUCGUCAGACAGAAGUUUCGCACAGUCGCAGAGAUGGAUUUCUACGAUUUUCGAAAGAUCCAAAAUAGCGACUUUUGCUGCUGUCACCAAGCAGAGUAUACACCAGAAGCGGUACCUCAAUAUCGAGUAGGUGACACAGUUCUAGUUGAAAAGAAAAAGGAUGCUCUCGGCCGAAAUUGCGAACCUGCGCAGAUUCUCAGCUUCGGCAGCGCUGGCACCGUUCAAAUGCGGAGGUUUCUGUACAAGAAGGACAUCUUCCCUGCUUCAAGACCUAAUCAGCUUCUCCCGUCCUCCGAGAUUUUCAGCAGACAAUGCGAGCAUCUAGUGCGAGAAUGCCAUGUAAGGAUAUUUUCAUGCAGCAAUCUUCCAACGCCGUACGACAGGGGCGGUGCAGGGGAUUACUACUACAUCGCUGACACAGAUAUGGAUGCCGACUCCAUAAAUGCAAAGUCACCCUUUCGUCAAGGCUGGGAUCCACAAGAAGCACCAUCUAAUCGCAAGCUGAAGGGACUUGGUAUCUUCUGUGGCGGCGGCACAUUUGAUCGUGGCCUACAAGAGGGCGGCGCAGUGCAAUUCACCCAUGCUGUUGACUAUGCCGAGCAUGCCCUUCACAGCUACAAGGCCAACUCAUCGGAACCUGUGAAAUUUUUCCUUGGUUCCGUAGACGACUAUCUCAGCAACGCUAUGGCUGCAGAGUCGGUCCACAAUACUGCGACUACUGGUGAGAUUGAUCUCAUCUCAGCCGGAAGCCCGUGUCAAGGCUUCUCAAAGCUUCAGCAUGACAGGGACAGUCCGAGGUCAAGAAAGAAUGCAUCCAUGGUCGCCUCGGUAGUGUCCUUUGUUGAUUUCUACGUCCCGGAGUAUUUAAUCCUGGAGAACGUAGUCACGAUGACAGACCAUCCGAGAGACAAGAAAGGACCUAUACCAGAGCAGAACGUCUUCUCGCAAGUCAUUUCUGCUUUGGUUGGGCUUGGCUAUCAGGUUCAGCAAUUUCUUAUGGACUCUUGGUCGUACGGAAGUCCGCAACAGCGCUCGAGAGUGUUCAUCGUCGCCACAGCACCCUCAGCCGUACCGCUGUCGCAGCCAGAAAUUACGCAUGCACAUCCCACCAAGAAUCUUCGGACCCGCAAUUUGGGGAGGUCAAGCAAUGGCUUGCCAUUCGGCACUCGCAGAACGAAUCCGUUCGUAGCUCUGCCGUUCGUGACCGCUGAACAGUCGGUUGCAGACCUUCCUACGGUAUACGACUCUGUGCCUCAGCUUUGUAUCAGGUUCCCUGAUCACAGACUCGCUGUCCUUGAGGCCCCAGACGUCAGAGCACGCAUAGCUAUGGUGCCAACACGACCACGUGAAUGGGGCUUGCUCCAGGCUCAUGAUGCCGGCAGAUUACGUGGUGAACCACGAGAGUACUUCAUAAGGACGAAGGCGAAUCUUGUGCGCAGUGGUAUCAACAGCAAAUCUUACACUCGCGUCUGCCCAAAUCACCCUUUCCCGACCAUUGUCACUAGGCUCAGUGUAGGUGACGGAAUCAACGGGCGCGUACUACACUGGGAUCAACACCGCCCUCUCACCGUAAUGGAAGCAAGACGCGCUCUCGGGUAUCUCGACCACGAGGUAUUGAUUGGCACACCAGAAAAGCAGCUACGCAUUGUCGGAAACAGUGUCGACAGGAAAGUCGCCUUGGUACUUGGUCUCGCGUUGCGCGAUUCU